UCCAUUUGAUGUGCCUGCUACAGCCAUAGCUGUGUGGGGACCGGGGUUUUGUUUGGCAGCAUUGACAGAAAACUCUCUAACUCACCUGGAACGAAUACACUAUACAUGCACUCUUUUAUUUUACAUUCAUACACUCCUCACCUGCUCUUCCCCUUUUUUAAAAAGAGUAGUGUGAGCUCACAGUAGUCCUGCUGUUUUGCCUGGUGGACAGCCAGUUGUUUGUGAGCCUGCGAUGUCGUGGGACUGUGGCCUGAGGUACAUGUUCUCCGUGUCCCCUGCGCUGCAGCCGGGGAACAUGUGUAUGCUGCAAGACAAGGAGGACCUGUCCAGGCUGGAGGCGGCCCAGAGACUGGCCAAGGAUGGCUGCCGCUUCCUGCAGCACCACGGCAAGGGCUCGGAGAGGACAAGCGAGCCCCAGAGUGACGAAGCAGUCCGCCUGUGUCUGAGGGAGAGGGGCCACGAUGUGCUGAUUCUCCAGAGAGUGUCAUCAGAGCAGCCAGCCCUCUCUGCAACAGCGAGGGGAGGAGGGAGAGUGGAGGCGAGGAACAGGAGGUACGUGGUGGUGUCAGGGACGCCAGAGAAGAUCCUGGAGCACUUGCUGAAUGAGCUGACACUGGACGACGACCCGGGGACGCCCCCCAGCAAAGAGUCAGAUACACUCCUGGAUGAUGUUCUGCUCACCUACCCAGUGUUCAUGUCAACUAGUGAUUUAUGUCAAGCUCUGCUGGGGCACUAUUGCACCAAGCGACACAGAGGGAAGGAGGACAGGAAAGAGGCUCUGGAGAGGAAACGGAAGGUCCUGCACUUGGUGUCGCAGUGGAUGGCCCUUUGCAAAGAUUUCCUGUGGGAGGACGAGCACGUCAAACUGUUUAUGAAGACUUUGUAUCGUUACGUGUUGGAUGAUCUCUAUGAGCACCCAGCGCUGGAGAAGGAUGUGAGGGAACUGCAGAAGCUGUACCAGCCUCAUCGUAGACAUGCGGUGGAUGAAUAUUCCCCCCAAAGAAAGGGCAAAGGACUUGUCCACCAAUUGAGUUUGAAAGAGAACGGGCUCCAGUCCAGAGGUACAGCGAGGGAGACCAAGGAAGUGAUGUGUCACGUGUACAUUACCAUGGACUCGUUCCUAAGUAUGAGGACCCGUGCUGGGAUCCUGGCCCAGGAGCUGCUGCAGGCAGUGGCAGAAAGGAUGGAAGUGCCAGUGGGGAAACUGGUGCUAGUGGCUGUCACUUACAAUGGAGGUCGGCUCCUCCUGCGGCCUCAGGACAGAGUCUUCUCCGAGUCUUUACGACCAGUCGGGAGGCUGCAUGUGUGCAGGAAGGAUCUGGGUGAAGUCCUGAACCCGUUCACAGACAACACAGAGCUGCAACAGGGAGCGGUGCGCAUGCUCAGUUUAAACACGUGGGACGUGGCCGUGGCUCUCACCAACUUCGACUGGACCAUCUUUGAGUCUAUACACGAGCAAGAACUCGUCUAUUUCACGUUCAGCCGCCACAGCAGCGGCGACCACACGGUGGCGCUGGAGCUGCUGCUGCAGCGCUGCAAUGAGGUCCAGCUGUGGGUGAUGACCGAGGUGCUGCUGUGCCCCGCGCUCUGCAAACGGGUCCAACUCAUCAAGAAGUUCAUCAAGAUCGCUGCCCACUGUAAAGCACAGAGGAAUCUCAACUGUUUCUUUGCCAUUAUCAUGGGGCUGAACACCGCAGCUGUAAGCCGCCUCGGCCACACAUGGGAGAAAAUUCCUGGGAAAUUCAAAAGGCUGUUUUCAGAGCUGGAGACGGUAACGGAUCCCUCGCUGAACCACAAGGCCUACAGGGACUCCUUCAAGAAGAUGGAGGCGCCAAAGAUCCCCUUCCCCCCUCUGCUACUGAAAGAUAUUACAUUCAUUCACGAAGGCAACAAGACAUUUCACGACAACCUGGUCAAUUUCGAAAAGCUGCACAUGAUAGCGGACACAGUGCGUCUCAUCCGGCAGUGUCAGAAAGAUCACAUGGGUAAUGGCAUCACCCAGAAGAGCAGCUCAGAAGCGCGCGCCUACAUCGAUUACCUGCAUAUCAUCGACAAUCAGCAGACUCUGUUUGAACUGUCGCACAGGCUGGAGCCUCGUGCUUAGAGGGCAGCUCUCACUGCACGUCCCACUGUGUCAGCCGCACUGUUGCAUCGCCGAGGAACAAUCUCUUGCCGUCUCAUCUAUCUCUCAGGACCCACUCGGCAAUCAGUGGACGGUGCGUGUUCCUGGCCGACCACAGGAGGGAGCCGCUCAAUCGGGAAACUCUCACCGUGGAUGGGAAGAACACAGAUGUCUCGAUGCACAGGUCCAAAUCUGCUGCUCGGCUGUUGAACACGUGGCAGAGGUUGGCAGGUGCUGCGCUGCUCUGACAACGCAACAGCUCCCCCUUGUGGAGAAAAGCCAGCCUGCAAUAAGAGUGUUUGGAGGUGAAGCGCUUCCCCCCUAAUAUAUAAAGAUAAUUGAUUGUUCAAACAAACAAAGUGUUGACAGCAGUGAGUUUGAAAUGAGUCCACCGACGAGCCUUUCCAGAGCGUUUAACCACCUACAUCACAUGACGUGAUUGAGAUGCAGAUUAACUCAUGAUGUUGAACAACUUUUUGUAUCUGUGGUGUUUAAAGAUCUGGCAGCUGGGGUUGUUUUAUCAGAGUUAACCAACGAGGACAUCGGCCCUAUAUGUUGUCAGCACACUUUUCUUCAGAGUGCGACACGAUCCAGAUGUAAGACCUGCACACAUACUAAAUCAGAACGGUGUAUCACAUGACAGAGAAAGUGAAAAGAAUUGUUGGAUAUUAUUUUCUAUUUUUACAUUGCAGAAUUCUCUUACUGUCCAGUUUUCUAUUGUUUAACCAUGAAGUCUGUUUUAGAAGAGGCAAUUCAUUAGAGCGAGACACGAAGUAAGAAUAUAAGUAUACUGUAUUUGUGUGGUGUGUGUGUGGCAAAAGUUGUGUUUCCUGUCUGAGUUAAAAUCACAUAUGUUAGUGACAAAUAUCAUCAAACGAAGACGUCCAAUUCAAAGUACUGCUCAUUGUUUGUCUUUUUAAAAGCUUAAGGAUCUCCAUCUAGUUGAGCUGUGGACAAUCAGUUGAAAGGAAGCAGAAGCAUCUGCAUCGGUCUAAAGUUCCUGGCACAUACGGUGCAUUCUGCCACUCCGACAGUUUGAUGAGGUUUGGACGUUUUGGUUUUAACGGUGAGACACUCUCACUCACCACAAAUUAACAUUUGGAAAACUCAGCAACAACAAAGAAAUGGUGACUCACAACAACCCACAAUGCUACAGCGUAACUAUGUUAUCCUCAGUAAAUGUAUGUAUAGAUAUUGAAGAGGAGAAUUAAGUCUCUGGGUGAACUGUCCCAAAGAGUAAAGAGCAAUAGAAAAAAACAAGUAUUACAGCACCUUCUAGACAGAAAACGUAGAGAAAGAAAAAUAGAA